GGGAGGAGGGUUACGAGAAGUUACCAGCAUUGUUCAAUGCAAUGAAAGCAAAAAACCCAGGCAUGCAUUACGAGUACAUCCCCAAACCUAAUGAAUGGAGGAACGGCAAAGAGAUAUUUUAUCGUGCUUUCUGGUGUUUCUCGCAGUGCGUAGAGGCCUUCAGGCAUUGUCGUCCCGUGCUCUCUAUUGAUGGUACUUUUCUGCUUGGGAAGUAUAAGGGCACAUUGUUGGUUGCCAUAUCAUGCGACGCAGACAACUCACUGGUUCCUUUGGCAUUUGCUUUGGUGGAGAGGGAGAACAGAGAUAGUUGGUCUUGGUUCUUGCGGCUUGUACGCAUCCAUGUCGUAGGCCCUGGACGCGAGGUUGGUGUCAUAUCUGACAGACACCAAGGUAUUCUUAAUGCAGUGCAAGAGCAGAUUACUGGCUACGCACCCAUGCACCACAGAUGGUGCACUCGACAUCUAGCAGAAAAUCUUCUUCGAAAGGAUCAUAGCAAGGCUAACUUCCCCCUUUUUGAGGAGGUAUGUCGUCAGUUGGAGGUUUCGUUUUUCGAGGAUAAGUUGAAGGAACUAAAAGAAGCAACAAAUGCUGAAGGUAAGAGCUGGAUUGCUGGAUUGCUGAGGGAACCGCACAAAUGGACAAGGGCCUACGACGAAGGUGGCUGGCGGUUCGAGUUUCAGACUAGCAACAUGGCCGAGUCAUUUAAUAGUGUGCUCAAGGGUAUACGGGGCAUGCCAGUCAAUGCUAUAGUAACAUUCACUUUUUAUAGGCUUGUGGCUUGGUUUAAUGAUAGACACGCGCAGGCCAAGGCAAUGCAGACCCGAGGGCAGAGAUGGGCACCUAAACCAACAUCACACCUUAAUAAUGCAAAGGAACGUGCCCAUAGACAUGAGGUACAAUGCUUUGAUGAGGAGCUGGGUAAAUACGAGGUAACAACACUAGGCGGCAUAACUUCGGACGCUGAGGUGCGACCUUCGAGGACACAUGUCGUGUUACUUGAUGCAUUCUGGUGCGGAUGUGGUAAACCUAGACAAUACCAUUUUCCAUGUUCUCAUUAUGUUGCGGCCGCACGUCAUCGUAACUUUGCAUUUGAGAGCAGAAUACCUUCUGAGUUCAGUGUAGAGAGCUUAGUACGUACCUGGAGCCCUCGUUUUGAGCCAUUUCUUGAUGAGUCACAAUGGCCAACGUACACCUGUCCGGUAUACGUUGCUGAUCCAGCGCAUCGAUGGGACAAACGUGGUAGUAGGAAAAGGAGCCGGUGCAACAUGGUUAUGGAUCAGGUUUCCGGUCGAAGUAGGAGAGGACGAGCGUCCCCCUUUCUCGUGGACCCAGAGCAGAAUGAAUGCGGAAAAUGCGGUAGACUUGGCCACAACUCACGUACAUGCAUUUGGACACUUAGUCAGGAUGGCGCAGUUCCACUUGCUGGACCCUCACUACGACGAGCACCACAGGGGCCGUCUCACCGCAGAGGGAGAGGUGUUGCCCGUUCUGCGGGUCCGGACCCACGACCGGUUUCUGGAGGAGAUGAGGUACGAUGAGAGGUAUACUCCUCUCCUACAGAGGGCUGGCUUGGACGUCUUAUCGUACCAGGUCCGCCGUGGGCUGCCCACUUUCAACCCAGCGGCGUUGACGGCUCUGGUCGACAGGUGGCGGCCAGAGACUCACACUUUCCACCUUCCCUGCGGUGAGAUGACUGUGACGCUUGAAGAUUGCCAGAAGAUCAAUGUCUAA